UUUUUUACAAUUAUUUAUUAAUUUUUUGUUUACAGUAAUAUCAAGGUCUUGCCAGUUGAUAAAUAUGUUUAAUGAUGCUCUUGAUUUUUGACCUAGCUCAAAAUAUAUAUAGAUUAAUACCAUGACAACGUUAAGGGAUGCUUUUAACCCGGGCAGUUGACGUAAAUCAAAGUGCGCACGUCAAAUGCAUCCCUUAAAAAAAUACUAAAAUUAAUAAAAAAAACAUAAAUGAUAAUAAUUCAUCAGUUUAUCGGAUGGAUGAUCAUACAUCAAAUGUUGUAUCAUGUGUGUUAAUAUUCAGAGUUUAAAAAUUCAUACUAAAGAUUGAUUUAUUUAAAAAAAUAAUAAUAUUCACCUGUUGAAACAAAGAUUCAAACAAAAAGGAUAUAUAUUUAAUUUUUUUAAGGAUAAAAAUGGAUAAUUUUAUUCAAAGAUUUCAUGGACGUACUAUUGAAGUAACACCACUUGAUGAUUUCGUAACUACAAAAUUGAUUGAAGAUUAUUUUUCUCAAUACGGUGCAAUAGAAAAAGUUAAAUUUCAAGAUGACUGUGCAGUAGUAACGUUUCAAAACAGAUUUCGUGUGGAUAAUUUACUGGCAAUUAACGAUCGAUUUGAAUAUUCUUGGGGCAAACAUACGUAUUAUUGGAACAUAAAACGACAAACAUUUUUUAAUUACAUAAGAACAUAUCAAGCUAUAAUACUGACAAAUAUAAUUUUUUCAUUGUUAUUGAUUUAUAAUGUUUGUAUAAUAUCAAAGAAAUUUAAAACUCCUCAGUGGAUAAAAUAUUUUCUAAUAUACAUCAUAGAUUAUCAAUUUGAUUUUAUUGUUAUUGAUUUUAUUAUUUCAUUAACAUUUGGAUUAAAUUGUGCUUUAAAAUAUCAAAAAUUUAUCAAGCCAUACAUGUAUGUGGUGUUUAUUAUUUUAUUAAAAUUAAUAUCAGCUGAUAUAACACUUGUCGAGUAUUUUGGGAUAACAAUUUUUGUAAUAUUACUUGCAUUUGUAUUUAAAUAUACAGAUGAUGAAGAACGAAUGAAAAAUAUUUAUUGGGGAUUUGUACGUUCAAUUACGAGAAAAAUAAAUGUAUUUAGUCUUGGUAUUUUAUAUGACAAUGACAAUAGACAAAAUGAAAAAAUUGAAAGACAUAAAAUUAUACGAAAUGGAGAAUGGAUUAUUGAAGUUAAAAAAUUAUACUUGUCAAGGGGUUUUGUCAUUAAUGGUAUAAUGAUGUAUGUACAAUUUACAUUAGCUAAAAAAUAUUUUGUUGAAUAUGAGAUUAUGGAAGGUAUUAUUAUUAUUCAUACAGCAUUUAGCUUUCAGCUAGGAUCAUUUGAAAAUUACGGUUUUACUUUGAAAAAUAUAUUACUCAUUGCUUUUACAUUAUUUUUUCCAUUUGCUAAAGAAUAUAGUUGUAAAACUAUUAAAUUACAACUUAUAACAAUUGUUGAAAUUGGUCUUUGUAGAAUGUUUUUUUAAAUAUAUGAUUUUUUUAUUUGAAUUUUAUUUUAUUUUUUAUACUUGAUGAAUUGUCAUUUGUCAUUAUUGAUUUGAUGAAAAAUAUUCAUUGUUAUAGUGUUUAGAAUUAAUUUUUAUUGGAAAAAAAAAAAGUGAUAAAUGUUAUUUUUCAAUGUCCAAAUUCAAUCAUGAAAAAUAUAGCUCAAAAAUAUUUAAUGAAAAAAAAUAACAAUCAGUAAAAUAAAUAUAUAUUUGUAUGAAAAAAAUCUAAAGAAAAUAUCAAAAAAUUUCUGGGUUAAUCAAUUUGAACGAAAAAAAAAAAUUAACUUGAAUUUUAUAAAUAAAAAAAAAAGAAAUAUUAUAUUUUAAAAAAAUAUUUAUCAAAAUUAUAUUUAAAUGUCAAAAUGAGCCAUGAAAAAUCAGCUCAAAUAUAUAUUUAAUGUUAAAAAAAUACAACUUUGUUAAUGAUAAAAAAUAAUAAUAAUAAAAUCAAGGUAAAAAUUAACAACCGUGACAAAUAUACCUGCAAAUUAUUUGUAAAAAAAAAGACAACAUAAUAUGUUUUCUCUUAAAUAUAUAUGUGAUUUUAAUGUCAUAUCUGAAAUUCUCACUGUUAUUGUGUCCAAAAAAAUAAUUAAAAAUAAAUAAUUCAUGGCUGUAAAAAUUA